AUGGGAAAGGAAAAGGUACAUAUCAACAUCGUCGUCAUUGGCCACGUCGAUUCAGGAAAGUCGACCACCACUGGUCAUCUCAUCUACAAAUGUGGUGGUAUUGACAAGAGAACCAUUGAGAAGUUCGAGAAGGAGGCCCAAGAGAUGGGUAAGGGAUCCUUCAAGUACGCUUGGGUACUCGACAAACUGAAGGCUGAGCGUGAGCGUGGUAUUACCAUCGAUAUCGCUCUGUGGAAGUUCGAGACGGCUAAGUACUACAUCACCAUCAUUGAUGCUCCAGGACAUCGUGAUUUCAUUAAGAACAUGAUUACCGGAACUUCGCAAGCCGAUUGUGCAGUGCUGGUCGUUGCAUGUGGUACUGGAGAAUUUGAAGCUGGAAUCUCCAAGAAUGGCCAGACUCGUGAGCAUGCCCUGUUGGCGCAAACGCUUGGUGUAAAGCAGCUCAUCGUUGCUUGCAACAAGAUGGACUCGACUGAGCCGCCGUUCUCUGAGUCCCGUUUCAAUGAGAUCACCACUGAGGUCUCUAACUUCAUCAAGAAGAUCGGAUACAACCCGAAGGCGGUCGCAUUCGUACCUAUCUCUGGAUUCAACGGCGACAACAUGCUAGAGCCCUCACCCAACAUGCCAUGGUUCAAGGGAUGGGCUGUUGAGCGUAAGGAAGGAAAUGCUACCGGCAAGACCCUUCUUGAGGCUCUCGACUCCAUUGUUCCUCCACAGCGACCUACCGACAGGCCUCUUCGUCUUCCACUUCAAGAUGUCUACAAGAUCGGAGGUAUCGGUACUGUCCCUGUGGGACGAGUUGAAACUGGUAUCAUCAAGCCCGGUAUGGUCGUCACUUUCGCACCCCAAAAUGUUACCACUGAGGUGAAAUCCGUUGAAAUGCAUCACGAAUCUCUUCCUGAGGCCGGCCCUGGAGACAAUGUCGGUUUCAACGUCAAGAACGUUUCUGUCAAGGACAUCCGUCGUGGAUCAGUCUGCUCUGAUUCCAAGAAUGAUCCUGCAAAGGAAGCCCGUUCGUUCAAUGCUCAGGUUAUCAUCAUGAACCACCCCGGACAAAUCGCUGCUGGUUACACGCCCGUACUUGAUUGCCACACCGCACACAUCGCUUGCAAGUUCAAUGAGCUGAAGGAGAAGGUCGAUCGUCGUACUGGUAAGAAGGUCGAAGACAACCCGAAAUUCCUGAAAUCCGGUGAUGCUGGAAUCGUUGAACUUAUCCCUACCAAGCCACUUUGUGUUGAAUCUUUCACGGACUAUGCUCCUCUUGGACGUUUCGCUGUACGUGAUAUGAGACAAACUGUUGCUGUUGGUGUCAUCAAGUCCGUCGACAAGACUGAAGCUGCUGGAGGAAAGGUAACGAAGGCUGCACAGAAGGCUGGUGUUGGAGCCAAGAAGAAGUAA